GGACCUCUACUUUCGCUCUUGACAAUUCACCCCGCUUCCAUUCAGAGCCCUACCUCCAGGCUCACCGCAUCAAAGCAGCAAGCAAGCCAACCGCAAGCAUGAGCCAGUCAUACUCCUCCAGCCAACGGGUGUCUUCCUACCGCCGCACCUUCGGAGGUGCAUCUCCAUCCUUUUCCAGAACCUCCUUUGGAUCGAAAGGAGGUUCCGCCAGCUCCCUCAACUCCAGAGUCUACCAGGUGUCUCGUUCCUCAGCAGUCCCAAGUCUCUCCAGUUUCAAGUCCACAAGGCUCGCCCCAUCAAGAGCAAGUUACGAUGUCCUGGACUUCAACCUGGCAGAUGCGAUGAACCAGGAGUUCCUUCAAACCCGAACCAACGAGAAGGUUGAGCUGCAGGAACUGAACGACAGGUUCGCCAAUUACAUUGACAAGGUGCGAUACCUGGAGCAGCAGAAUGCCAUCCUGGUGGCCGAAGUCAACCGACUCAAGGGCAAGGAGCCAACCAGAAUCAGCGAGCUGUACGAGGAGCAGAUGAGGGAGCUGAGGCACCAGGUGGAUAUCAUUACCAAUCAGAGGUCACGGGUGGAGGUGGAAAGGGACAACCUGGCAGAUGACCUGCAGAGGCUAAAACAGAAGCUGCAGGAAGAGAUCCAGCUUAAGGAAGAUGCCGAGAAUAACCUGUCCGCCUUCAGAUCUGAUGUUGAUGCUGCCACCCUGGCCAGGAUUGAUCUGGAGAGGAGGAUCGAAUCUCUGCAGGAAGAGAUUGCAUUCCUUAAGAAGGUUCAUGAUGAGGAAAUUCGGGAACUGCAGGCACAGCUACAGGAACAACAUGUACAGGUAGAAAUGGACAUAUCCAGACCAGACUUGACCGCAGCCCUCAGAGACAUCCGGGCACAGUAUGAGACCAUUGCCGCCAAGAAUGUUUCAGAAGCUGAGGAAUGGUACAAGUCCAAGGUGUCUGACCUCAACCAGGCUCAACAGAAGAACAAUGAUUCUCUUCGUCAGUCCAAACAGGAGCUGAUGGAAUAUCGUCACCAAAUCCAAUCCUACACCUGUGAGGUUGAUGCCCUCAAGGGAACUAAUGAUUCCCUGAUGCGCCAGAUGCGAGACCUGGAGGAAAGAUUCGCUGGAGAGGCAGCUGGAUACCAAGAUACCAUUGGCCGGCUAGAAGAAGAAAUCCGUAACCUGAAAGAUGACAUGGCAAGACACCUCCGCGAGUAUCAGGAUCUGUUGAAUGUUAAGAUGGCACUGGAUGUUGAGAUUGCCACAUACCGGAAACUGCUGGAAGGAGAGGAGAGCAGGAUCACUCUCCCCAUCCAGACAUAUUCAGGACUGAGCUACAGAGAGACCAGCCCAGAGCAGAGAUCUUCAGAAGUUCACACCAAGAAAACAGUCAUGAUCAAAACUAUUGAGACCCGAGAUGGAGAGAACUGAGCACCUUACUGUUCCUCUGGAGCACUGGUUGUCAGUGAGGCUUCCCAGCAGCAUCAAGAGGUCCUGUGAAUGGACACAUGAAGAUGGACGCCCCACGGGAAUGACCACAGUGCACAGCCUGAGCGUAUCCCUGCUGGACCUAGGCCAUCUCAUGCUGUAUCUUCACCACAGAUCUCCACCACACUUGUCACCGCUUCUCCCCUGAACCAUGGACUGCUGGAGGCCCAAUGCGUAUUAGGUCAACCCUCCCCCGUUAGAAUAACUAAUGUCUUUUUGGAGGUUUCUCAUCAUUGCAAGAGAAAUAAAGUAACCAACACUCUCACAAA